AGAUACACCACAUGUUUACUAAACCCAACCAUAUCCACUUAGCAAACCAAAAAUCAGAAAGAAACAAGAAACACUUUCGGAAUUAAAUUUUGAAAACAGAUCUGUCUUCGCCACGAAUCUGAUCGGCGUUUUCGAUUUUAGUGCUACCGUACUACACCUUUCAUCCUCUUCUCUCGACAUCGACUUCUACUUCAAUUUCGGUUUCAAUACUUGUAGAGAAAGAUGUACGGAUUCGAAGCAAUGACGUUCAACAUUCACGGCGGUUACCUGGAGGCGAUCGUGAGGGGGCACAGGGCGGGGCUCUUGACGGCCGCCGAUUAUAACAAUCUGUGCCAGUGCGAAACCCUGGAUGAUAUCAAGAUGCAUCUCUCUGCCACCGAGUACGGUCCCUACCUCCAAAACGAACCUUCACCAUUGCAUACAACUACGAUAGUGGAGAAGUGCACUCUUAAAUUGGUUGAUGAGUAUAAACACAUGUUAUGUCAAGCCACUGAGCCUUUGUCAACCUUUUUAGAGUAUAUCACAUAUGGUCACAUGAUAGACAAUGUUGUCUUGAUUGUUACUGGAACCUUGCAUGAGAGAGACGUGCAGGAGUUAUUGGAGAAAUGCCAUCCUUUGGGCAUGUUUGACAGCAUUGCUACACUGGCAGUUGCUCAAAAUAUGCGAGAACUUUACAGAUUGGUUCUUGUUGACACACCAUUAGCUCCAUACUUUUCUGAAUGUAUUACAUCUGAGGACUUGGAUGAUAUGAACAUUGAAAUAAUGAGGAACACUCUUUACAAGGCUUACCUUGAAGAUUUUUACAAGUUUUGUCAGAAAUUGGGUGGUGCCACUGCAGAGAUCAUGUCUGACCUACUAGCUUUUGAGGCUGACAGAAGGGCUGUUAAUAUCACCAUAAAUAGUAUUGGGACUGAGCUUACCCGGGAUGAUCGUCGGAAACUGUACUCGAACUUUGGGUUACUUUAUCCCUAUGGCCAUGAGGAACUUGCUGUCUGUGAGGAUAUAGAUCAGGUUCGUGCUGUGAUGGAAAACUAUCCUCCAUAUCAGUCCAUCUUUUCUAAAUUGUCAUAUGGAGAGAGCCAAAUGCUUGACAAGGCAUUUUAUGAGGAGGAGGUGAAAAGGCUCUGCUUAGCAUUUGAGCAGCAGUUCCAUUAUGGCGUCUUCUUUGCAUACAUGAGGCUGAGGGAGCAGGAGAUCAGGAACCUGAUGUGGAUUUCUGAAUGUGUGGCUCAGAACCAGAAGUCAAGAGUUCAUGACAGUGUGGUUUUCAUAUUUUAGUUUCGCUUCAACUCUGUAAGAAAUAAUCACCUUCUUCUCUAUUCAUCGUCUUCAGUUCCCAUCAAUGACAGAUGUUCACCUGGCUGCAGCAAUAACAGGAUUUGUGAUAGAGAGAAAUAAAAAUUGUAUGUGUUUCUUUUCAUGGUUAUUUUAAUUGAGACUUGAGAGAUCUUGUAUUUAUGAUUCAUCAUCUUAUAUAAUAUCGAUCCGAGGACAAGGUUCUGUAGCUUUUCAUGAUGCAGAACAAUGGUGUUAAUAGAAGUAGUAGUUUCAACGCUUCA